AUGAGGGAAACUCUGUGCAUUCUAAAUAUCAGCAAAAAUAACAUUGAUGAAAUAUGGGACUUGGCCCCUCUCCGAAAACUGACCCAUCUUUACGCUACCGAUAACCAGCUACAGGACAUACAGGAAUUAGAGACAGUGUUCAGCCAGUGGUCUCAACUGCGGCUACUGGAUCUGAAUAGAAAUCCUGCGUGUCACAAACCUAAAUACAGGGACAGACUAAUAACUGCCUGCAAAAUUCUAGAGGAUCUUGAUGGAAAACAAAUAAAUGAACUGUCUAGGCAGUUUCUAAUCAACUGGAAAGCCUCUAAAGACGCAAAGAAGAAAUUAGAGGAUGGAGAAGACAUCAAAGAACAAAUCACAAAUCAACUUACAACUGAUUUUCGCGUGGGCCCCCAACAUCCCUUUGCCCAUGACCGCAGCAGCUCUCUGAGUAAGCCGUCAGAAUAUGGGAAGCCUGGCGUUAUAUUUCGGGCAGAUCAAGUACAAGGAGACAGCAGAGGAAGAAGGUCAAGAGGGAUAUAUAUUCCAGUGAGGACUGGCAGACUCUGAAAAUCU